AUGCUCGCUCUCACCAUGGCAGUCGAUCGACAACCCUCCGUGUGGCCGAGCCAAACCCGCCGGAGGCUUCCCUUGCUCCGCCGCCGGAAGGUGCAGACGGUGCGGCUCGGUGCCAAGAAGCCGCGCCGCCGAAUUUUCGGGCUACUUAGGAUGUUUCGAAAGGUGCGUUUAAGGUGGCUCAAGUUACAAUAUGUUCGCAUGUUGAAGAGGCUUAAGGAAUACUACAGCAACCUUGUUAAGGAUCUUGUCGAAGCUGGGUCCACCAUUGAAACCUUUCAGCAACGUCUUUUCAUGGAGAGUACUUUUGCAAUCCCCGUUGGGGUUAACUUGUCUACCUACCCUUCUCGUCUUGGAUCGAAUCGCCCUCGAACCAUCUUCAUGUAA